GUUAUAAAAAGCCAAUAUGGCGUCAAUGUAACCCGUAAAAUACGCUAAAAACGCUAAGUUUUACAUACGCAAAACUUUUGAUUCAAUGAAUUCCAACAAUUGAAAUCGAUAUUUUUGUAUUUUACUGGUCAAAAUCUAUUGGACGAUAUAAAAAAAGUUUAAUAAUUUUUAGUGCUCCAAAACGAAGUUUAACCUAAGUUUUUAUUAAAUAACGUGGAGAUGGAAAUAGAGAAUUGUGAAGGAAAUAAACAAAAGUUAGAUAGUCCAGGAGAUACAUCGGAAUAUUCUACACCAACAACAACUCAGUUAAUGACUUAUAAGCCUGUGAAAGUAAAUUUGAAAAGAUCAUUUUCUUCGAAAAUGUUAACAGAGAAAAAUGAUAUUAAAAAAGAAGAAAAUGAUGCAAAUACAAAUAAUGAAACAAAUGUUCCAAACAAGGAAAAUCAUGAUACUAGUGAACAAGAUUUAAAAUGUAUUCCAAGAAAACGUCGAUGGGGUACUACAUUGUCUACAGAUACUACACCUUCGUUUUCAAUUUCAACAGAUUCACUUAAAGCAUUAGUGCCAGGAGCAAGACCAUUGUCGAUAAAUGAAGUUCGUCUUUCAAAAGAUGAUGAUGAAGAUAGAGAUCAUUAUCAGAUUAGUGAAAAAUGGCACAAUUCUAAUGAGGGAAUAAAUGAUAAUAAAUCUGGUGAUGAAAAUGUACAAAAAAAUGGUACAGCAAAAAAAGGAGAAGCAAAAAUAGAUAAUCAUAUAGCGGCAAGACGAAAAAUAUCUAUUGUUAAAGAAGUGCCACAUAUAAAAUCUCCGAGUCCACCUGCUACAAAACCUACAAAUAUACUUUUGAUCAAAAACUUGGUUCGUCCUUUCACUUUAAAUCAAAUUAAAGAGUUACUUUCACGUACUGGCACAAUUGUUGAAAAUGGAUUCUGGAUGGAUAGAAUUAAAUCUAAAUGUUUUGUAGAGUAUGCAAAUGAGGAUCAGGCAUUUGAGACAAGACAAGCAUUACAUGGUAUAUCCUGGCCUGUUUCAAAUCCAAAAAGGCUUCAUGUUGAAUAUGCAACCAAAGAUGAUAUGGAAUUGGCGCGAGAAUUGUCAAAGGAUCAAUCUAUUCCAAGAAAAACAGAACCUCUUGUACCAUCCGAUUCAUGGCAACAAGAUUGGAACCGUGAAGAAAGGACAAAUACAAAGGUAAUGGUAGUCCGAGAAUGGGAUCUAGGUAAAGAAGAUGGCCAGCAGCACAUAAAAGAAAAAGAACGUGAAAAAAAAGAACAUGACAAAAAAAGACGGCAGAGGAGUCGGAGUCCAGCGGUGGAAGCACAUUUGCCAGCUCCAGCCCGUAAAUUCAAAAAAGAGGAUGAGCCACCACCAGCUAAACUUUUAGAUGAUCUCUUUAGGAAGACAAAAGCAACGCCAUGCAUAUAUUGGUUACCACUCAUAAAUGAACAGAUAGUUGUGAAAGAAGAAAUGAGAAGGCAACAUAUGGCAGAACAUGCGCGCAGAUUAGAAGAAAUGAGACGCGCAGAGAGAAACAACAGAAACAGUCGUCGCCGUCGUAGUCCGAGAAAAUAGUUCUCUGAUCUACCACUUUCGAUAAACCUGCUUCAGCCUUGUGCCAUUUACAUCAAGAUUCAGGUCCUUCUGCGCAAUAGGAAUGCUGAGGAUUUUCGACAGUCGAAAUUUUACGAUAGUAAGUCGUUCAUACUGCUUUCCUCAUCUCUUCGAUUGAAUUUGAGUGUCGAUAUAGCCAAGCUAGUAAUAAAAAAUUCCUCUAUCAAUUUAUUUGUCAACUAUAUUUUUUCGCCAUUGUACUUUUCCUCUUUUUCUUUGAUUUAUUCGUCCUUGAUUUGCAGUUGUUUUUGUGUCUUUUUCAACUGAGUAAGUUGUUUUUAAUAUUCGCGCAUUUCUUCAUAUAUAAAAUGCACUCUUUCUUCUUAUUAAUGAAGUCAUCUUCUUAAGAUUUCGCAUCUAAUCCUCCAAUGAAACAAUCAUAUAUUUUUCGUCAUAUUUUUUGAUAGAUCUUUCAAAACUUUUAAAAUACCGUCUAUUUUCAUCGUAUCUUCGUGGUUGGCGUCGCACAUUGCAUGAUUUCGUGUCAUGCAUUGUUUUAAUAUGCGUCGCUCAUACUAUACGAGGGAAAUCUAUGUUCAAUGUUGAAAUAAUAUUUAUAUUUGAAAAUUUCAUUAUAUUUCGAAGAUAAGAGAAAUAUUUGGAAGGUAUAAAGUAAUAUUAUAGAAUCAAUUAGAGAUAAAACUAGGUAUUAUUAAAUAGACCGAAACGAGCCGCUCGACCGCUAGUGUUCAUGCGGCGCGCUUCGGCUUGUUCGUUACAAAAAAUUAUAUUAGUCUAAAUUAUUUUGAAUUUUGCUAUCAAAUUUUCAGAUAACAUUUUUAAAGAUACAUACUUUCGAAAAAUGUAUAAAAAAAAUUGAUUUUUUGAAACCGGAUUACCAGAAUAUCCCCUUAAACCAUACUUCUUACAGGUCGACAUUGACUAUCCAACAGUGCGGCGUAACUGUAGAACAAACGAUAGUGUUUGCAUCGUGUAGGAGUGAUGCAUCACGUUCUACGAUACGUCGUAGUGCGAUAUCGCAAAACGUGCCCUGGGAAUUGGAGGAUAAUCAAACGAAAAACUGUCCACAUAGGGAAAAAAACUUGAAACUUAAUAUUCAUGAUCAUUGAAAAUGUUUUCUUACAAGAAGACAAAAUAAAAUAAAAACAAACAAAAAUGAAAUGAAAUGAAAGUUGAACGAAUUGUUAGAAGCAGCAACAAACAAAAAACCCGAAAUGAUGAUGGCGAGAGACUGUGGUAUUGACUGAUACGAAGUUAUCUUAAAGCAUCAAUGAGAGUAUUUUCUCUCCCUGGAGUUAUUUCUUUUCUUUGUCGGUAGAAUAGCCUGACUUCCUUGAAUUCUGACAUAUACUACCAUAAAUUUGGUAGUAAAAUGUAAAGUUUUGGUGUUUCUCGUUUUCGCGCAAUAAAUUUGCACAACCAGAAACACAUUUGUAUAUAUAAAAUAUAAUUCAAUAUACCGUGAUAUGACAUGUAAAAUUAUCAAUAAAUGUAAAACACUAUAGGUUAUAUAUAAAAAAUACAUUUGCCGCUUACUUUAUACAAUGUCACACCAUAUUUAGAAGAUUUGUCAUUCAUCCUUGAAAUAAGAUCGAAAGAUUUACGAAAAAAAUACACUUUUAAAACAGAA